AUGGGCAGAACUGCACUUGCAAGUACACUCAUCGUGGAAGACAUGGUUAGCAAAAUCCGCACCCGUCAGCAUAUUGACGCCGGGUGGGAGUUCGCCCAAGCCAACUCUGAUGCGCUAUUUCGACAUGUCUCACAGUUCCCGACCGUCAAUCAUCUGGAUUUAAUGCACCAUGGCCUUAUACCAGAUCCAAGGAAGGACCUCAACUACCAAAAGGUUCAGUGGGUAGGGGAGAAGGAGUGGAUUUACAAGACCACGUUUGAUUUCUUUGGCGCAACAAGCAGCAGCCAAGAUGCGCACCAUGUGCUCGUUUUUGAAGGACUAGAUACCCAUUGUCGAAUCCGUUUGAACGGAGAACACCUUUUGCGAACCGACAACAUGUUCUUGGAGUAUCGCAUCGACGUGACUGAUAAGAUUCUCCAUGGCACCAAUAAUUUGGAACUGUACUUUGAGUCUACAUUCUUGGUUGGCAAGAAACUCGAAAAGGAUCAAGGCUUCAAGAAUAGAUUUUGGAACGGUGACUCGUCCAGGAUGAACACGCGGAAAGUGCCAUGUCAUUAUGGCUGGGACUGGGGCCCGACUCUUCUAACAGCAGGACCAUGGCGGCCGAUUUACGUGGAGUCAUAUUUGACCCGAAUCUCCGACUUGCAUAUAGAUGUUGAGGUGGCAGAUUCCCUCGACUUGGCCAGGGUCACAGUCAACCUCAAACUUGAGGGGUCCCUUGCCGAAACCGCAGUUUCGAAAAUUGAACUGUUUGAACCGUCAGGCCGUAAAAUUCUAGAGGACAAAGUUGCGAGCAGGAGACCACACACUUUUGUUGUGAACAAACCUUGUUUGUGGUACCCGCUUGGCUAUGGUGAUCAAGCUCUCUACACUGUCAGAGCCACCAUUGAAGGAGGUGCAGAUAUCGUGUCUAAGCGCAUUGGACUUCGACUGUGUGAGCUCAUCCAGCGCCCAAUUCCCGGCCAAAAGGGCUUGACGUUUUUCUUUCGCAUCAACAACAUCCCUAUAUAUUCGCAAGGAACUGAUUGGAUCCCGCCUGAUGUAUUCCUACCACGCAUGACGCCGGAGCGCUACCGCAGUUGGCUGACAUGGGCGGCCGAAGGCAACCAAAACAUGAUCCGUGUGUGGGGAGGAGGUAUUUACGAAGAUGACGUCUUUUAUGAUACCUGCGACGAGCUCGGUAUUCUGAUCUGGCAAGAUUAUAUGCUUGGAUGCGGCGCAUAUCCCUUUCAUCAGUAUCUCCUAGACUCGAUUAAGGCUGAGGCCGAGUACAACGUCACACGAAUGAGACACCACCCAUGCAUCGUUCUAUGGUGCGGAAACAACGAAGAUUACAUGUUUGCAGAGAUAUACAAGCUGGAUUAUGACAAAUUUGAUGAUAACCCUCAAAACUGGAUCAAGACGAACUUUCCGGGGAGGUACUACUACGAGGUUACAUUGAAAGAAGUGUCCGAGAAGCUCUCACCUCGUGUGCCAUAUCAUCUCUCAAGCCCUUACGGUGGUUCGCACUCCAAUUCGCCACUAGAAGGGGAUAUACACUCCUGGCAGGUGUGGAUGGCAGAUCAACCUCGUUAUCCAUACCAGGACUAUGAGAAGUUGACGGGCCGGUUUGUCAGUGAGUUUGGGAUGAAGUCAUUCCCCUGCACUCGCACCAUCAAUGCACUCAUUACAGACCCAAAACAGCAGCAUCAUCAGUCCAAUGUCAUGGAUGCUUGGCAUAUGGCACCUGAAGAUCAACGAACACUGUCCAUGUAUUUGAUUGACAACGUUCGCCAUGACAACGACCUCGAUUCGUACGCUUGGGCCACUCAGCUUAUCCAAGCCGAGUCGACGGACUACAGUUCUCGCGCUUUUCGUCGUCUUUGGCGGGGACCAGGGAAAGAAGAGUGCGCUGGCUGUCUGAUUUGGCAAUUAAAUGACUGCUUUCCGGCGGUGAGUUGGUCCCUCUUGGAUAGCAAUAUGCGACCCAAGAUGGCAUACUUUGUCGCCAAGCGUAAUUACCAGAGUCUACUUGUGGGAGCGACUCGUCGCGUAUCUGAGAAGAAGGCGAACGAAUUCACCCACGUUGAUAUUGUACGGGAAACGCACGCUGAGCUGUGGGCAUCUAACCUCUCUGUUGAAACGGUCGAAGCGGACAUUGAAGUUGCAUUUGUGACCAUCGCGAAUGGAGACUGUGUGCAGAGAACCAUCACAGCUGUUACCCUUGCUCCUAAUCGAUCGACGGAACUGGAACUUGUCAAAUUCCCCAAAUUAUAUCAGGCCUCCCCUAGGAGCUUGGUUGUCAGCGUCCGGCUGCUGGAGCGUGAUACGAAGCAAGUCCUGGCCAGAUAUAUAGAGUUUCCUCAACCGCUGCGUCACCACGAAUUUCGUGAUGCGACGGUUUUGGUCCGGCAAGUGGAUGAAUUGUCCUGGUCCGUGAGCGUGAGCAACGGUGUUGCCAAGGCAAUUGAGCUUUAUGUUGACACUGAAGACGACGGCAUCGCAGACGCGUGUGUUUUCAGUGACAAUUGCCUCAAUCUUGUUCCCGGCGAUGAACAGGUGGUCAAAUUAAAGGUUCGUGAUUCAGUCAAGAUUCCAAAAGGCGGUAUUGUGAUCAAGGAACGACACUAUUGCUAG